AUGUUUCUCAACACUGGCCUCUCGCGAAAAUUCCUCAAACCAUAUGUCGCCGAGUUCCUCGGAACGGCUCUCCUGAUCGUCAUCGGCGAUGGCGUCGUCGCUCAGUGUCUCCUUUCCGACUACCAGUACGGCACUUGGCUAUCGAUCAACAUCGCCUGGGCUGCAGCUGUCUGCAUCUCAGGUUACCUUUCCGACCCCGGUCCAACCAUCAACCCAGCUGUGACUAUCUGCAUGGCUCUUGUCCGUCCCACUCCCGGACAAUGGCGUAAGCUUCCCGGCAAGCUCUUUGCUCAAUUCCUUGGUGGAUUUGUUGGUGCUGCCAUUGUGUAUAUCAACUACCGCUCCGCCAUCAAAGACUGGGAUCCCGAGUUCACCAUUCCUGGCGGCUCAAUCCUGAGCCCUCGUGGACACCAUUCUGCCGGUAUCUUCUCAACUUAUCCUGCUGCAUUCUUCGAAUCGAACUGGGAGGCCGCAUUCUCGGAGUUGCUCGGGUCUGCUGUUCUGAUGUUUGGCAUCUUGAGCAUCUCGGAUCCGGUCAAUGCCGUCAGAUUCCAUUCGCCUCAGGUGACGGUAUUCUUCUUGCUCACUGCUAUUGGAGCUGCGUUGGGCUGGCAGACUGGCUAUGCUAUCAACCCCGCGAGAGAUUUCGGUCCCAGACUGUUCUCUGCUUUCAUCUAUGGCAGGGAGGUUUUUACCGCGGCCAACUAUUACUUCGUUGUGCCCAUCUUUGCCCCCAUUGUAGGUUGUAUCGUCGGAGCUGCCACUUACGACACAUUCCUCUAUGAGGGAGACGGGUCGCGCAUCACCGAUGCUCUGGACAAUGUCGAGGAUCGCGACGGUGCUCUGCGGCUGCACUAA